AUGCACGAACUGUCCGUCGACGCCUCGAGCGACAUUCACCCAAUGUCAGAGAAAUUGAAACGGAAAAAAUCGUUUCCUGCCCUACGACAGUCCCCGCUCUUUGCGAGGAUGGGGCAUGUUGCUUCUCUGUCUAAAACACCCUUCCGAUUUCUAUUCAAGUCCUCGAAGUCUGCAGACGACGGAGUUGAGCCUCCGCCUUUAACACUUGAUGGCGAUGUUCAAACCGAGCAAGGGAGCAGCGUAAUAGAAGACAUCGAUGAAACAUCUGCCACAAGCGAAAAUCCCGUGUGGGCGAGUAGUAUGCUCAUCAUUCCAAGGACACAUUAUUUCCUCUUUACCCGAGCAACUUCAGAAGCCUCGAAAGACACGAAAGAUGUGCAGCCGAUCGGCCUAGUGGUCAAGCAACCCAACCCCAGCUUUCAAUUAGCUGCUCUUCGUGCAGAACUCGGCCUGGCGGAACCAGCCGUUACGACACCAGGUACUGUGAAGCUUCUGACAUGUCUUAUUCAAUCCGGCAAGCGAGUUGUCCCACUCGUUGCUCCCGACGAAAGUCCGAAUUCAGCUUCUGCAUCUGCACAAACAAAUCAAGCAACCGAUACCACAACCACGGCCACUUCCGGCCCCGACGAAGCGAAAUUCAAGUUUAGUGGAGAUUUGCUUUUUCAAAAAAACGUCAAGGCCUGGUUGAUUGUGGAAUACGAACAGUUCGGUGGCCUAACAGCGCAAUAUCAUAUUCUUCGCCGCGUGGCAGAAAGCGUCCUCCAGAGCGAAAACCAGAUUCAGGUCGUCGAUGGGGAAAUUAAACUCGUGCAUGACGGCCGUGUCCGUGGUGAUUCGAAGCUUGAGGCACUGGACGAAACCCUGCUGGAAGACGUAACGAGCAUGAUUACCGCUCCCAUCCAGGUUGGACCGCUGGCCAGGUAUUGUAAUGCCUGCAACUCCGCUCGUUUUGCGAUGCGCCGCUGUGCGGCAUGUAAGAGUGUGUUUUACUGUGACGUUGAGUGCUGUAAAGCAGACAGGCAGUUGCAUAAGGUGAUAUGCGGAGCAGUGGCAACCAGUGCUGUCAAGAGCCAUGAAUCAGGUAAUCAGGACGUGGUUUGA